CGGCAGUAGCACAUGGGGGCGCAUACUUUCUCUCUCCCAUGCCCUUUCACUUGAAAGAAAACCCUAUGGGAAGGUUUCAACCUACAUACACUUUUCUCGGUGCGCGGAGGCGGCAGGCAAAUGUUUCGCGCUGCAAGAGGUCCCCUGCUCUUAAGCCGCUCUUUCAGGAAAGUACAGGAGUUCAACCCUGGAAUUCCCACUCAAGAUAUACGGCACAUCUUUAAUCAGCCCAUGAAGUACAUCCUAGUAACUGGUGGUGUCAUCUCAGGCAUUGGUAAAGGAAUUAUUGCGAGCAGCAUAGGUACAAUCUUGAAGUCAUGUGGCUUACGAGUUACUGCAAUCAAAAUAGAUCCAUACAUUAAUAUUGAUGCUGGAACCUUUUCACCUUACGAGCAUGGUGAAGUGUUUGUUCUAAAUGAUGGAGGAGAAGUUGACUUGGACCUGGGAAACUAUGAAAGGUUCUUGGACAUCAACCUUUAUAAAGAUAAUAACAUCACCACUGGAAAAAUCUACCAGCACGUAAUCAAUAAAGAGAGGCAUGGUGAUUACUUGGGAAAAACAGUUCAAGUUGUCCCACAUAUUACUGAUGCUGUUCAAGAAUGGGUAAUGAAUCAGGCAAAAGUCCCAGUUGAUGGUGAUAAGAAAGAACCACAGAUAUGUGUAAUUGAACUGGGUGGCACAAUUGGAGAUAUUGAAGGAAUGCCAUUUGUAGAAGCUUUUCGACAAUUUCAGUUUAAAGCCAAGCGGGAGAACUUCUGCAAUAUCCAUGUUAGCCUGGUACCACAGUGGCCAGAUGUCUCGAUCUAUGCUAUUUUAGCAUUCUGGGAGCAACUGCCUAAUGCUACUGGAGAACAGAAGACAAAACCAACUCAAAACAGUGUUCGGGCUUUAAGAGGUCUUGGAUUGUCUCCUGAUUUGAUAGUUUGCAGAAGUACUAAACCUAUAGAAAUGGCUGUGAAAGAAAAGAUAUCCAUGUUUUGUCAUGUGGAACCUGAACAGGUAAUAUUCAUCCAUGAUGUUUCGUCCACUUACCGAGUGCCAAUUCUUUUGGAAGAACAAGGCAUCAUUAAAUACUUUAAAGACAGACUAAACCUGCCAAUUGAUGACCGACCAAGUGAACAGCUUUUCAGAUGGAAAAAAAUGGCAGAUAGAUAUGAGAGGAUGCUGAAGACAUGUUCUGUAGCACUGGUUGGCAAAUAUACAAAACUGAGUGAUUGCUAUGCCUCAGUUUUCAAGGCUUUGGAACAUUCAGCUCUAGCAAUAAACCACAGGCUCAAUUUAAUGUACAUAGACUCAGCAGACCUUGAACAUUGCAUGGAAGUUGAGAAUCCAGUGAAAUUUCAUCAAGCCUGGCAAAAACUGUGCAAAGCAGAUUGUGUGUUAGUUCCUGGAGGCUUUGGACACAGGGGUACUGAGGGAAAACUUCAAGCCAUUUCCUGGGCACGGAAGAAGAAAAAGCCUUUUCUUGGAGUUUGUCUGGGAAUGCAGCUGGCAGUAGUGGAGUUUGCAAGGAAUUGUUUAAACUGGCAAGAUGCAAAUUCUACUGAAUUUGACUCAAAUACGAAGAAUCCUGUUGUCAUUGAUAUGCCUGAACACAAUCCUGGAGACAUGGGAGGAACAAUGAGACUAGGAAAAAGAAAAACCAUCUUUAAGACAGAAGAUUCUGUCCUAAGAAAACUCUAUGGAGAUCAGAGUUUUAUAGAAGAACGACACAGGCAUCGCUAUGAGGUAAACCCAAAGUUGAUUAACUUCUUUGAAGAGAAAGGCUUGACAUUUGUUGGCCAUGACACUGAAGGAAAGCGAAUGGAGAUCAUUGAAUUGGAUGAUCAUCCAUACUUCAUUGGUGUUCAGUUCCACCCAGAGUUUUCCUCAAGACCCAUGAAGCCCUCACCUCCCUAUCUGGGUCUCUUGCUUGCUGCAACAGGUUCACUCAAUGCAUACUUGCAACGUGGAUGUAAAUUGUCUCCUAGUGACAGCUACAGUGACCUCAGUGAUGAUAGUUUUCCAGGAAAAGAUCUUCCAGAAUCAGAUGCAAGCUAAAUAUUCUUCUGAAGAAAAAAAGGGAACACAGAAUAGACAGGAUGCUACCUUAUUCCAUUUGAACUCAUUUGUAUAAACUUAGGACAGUCUUUGGGAUGGCGCAACAGAGGAACAGGCAGCAUCGGAGGGUCCAGAGAUCUUUUCUGUCCUUGACACACACACACCCUUCCAAGUUUCAAAAAUGACAAAUUGUACUGUUUCAUGGUGCAGUGUUGUAUUAUUUUUUUCAGUGUCUCCAAUAUCCUUAGUAUCAUUAUCUCAUUACAAACAGUCUCUUGUGUGCUGCUUUUUUUGGAUGUAUCUUUGGAGAGUAAUGACAAAACUUGAUGAACGAAUGAAAUGCUUAUUGCAGAAUAAGCUGUGUGUUUUAAUUUACUAUAUUAAUAGAUAGCCACAUGAAAGAAAUAUGCAGAAGUUAUCCUGAAGCUCAAUUGCUAUAUUUUAAAAAAAAUGUUAUCCUCUGAAUAAAAUAUUUUUAAUAUAUGCCUUGAUUCUUUUACGGAGUGGAUAAGAAAAUCUCUAGUUUUUAGUGUUCAGGUCAGUAGAUCAUAGAUAAGCAAAAAAUCAAGGGGGUGGGAGAAAAUUCUCUUGUAUAUGUUUUGAAAAAAAUUGUUGUAUUAUAUGCUUUGGAGGUUAUGGAAAUUAAUAGUAUAUUUGACUCAUUCAAUGCCUGUUACCAAAUAUUAAUUAUUGUCAUCUCAUAUGGGUUAGGUUUUUUUUUUUUUGGAAAAAUUGAAGUUUAAACUGGAUUUUGAAAUGUGUUAAAGCACAUGUAUUUUUUAUCAUUUCACAUUUAUACUGGGCUAGCAAAUGUGAUUAAAAUAUUUUCAGAUUUAAAGAA